UUUAUGGAGCACUGACACCUCCAACAUGUCUGACUAUGAUCCAGCUGCUGUAGAGGGGCAGGCGGCCGCAGAGGAACCUCCUGGUCCUGGUCGUCCCCCCCUGGCAGAGAAGGCCCUGUCGGAGGCCUUUGCUCGGCUGAGGUACCGGGACACGUCCCUGCUGAUCUGGCAGCAGCAGCAGCAGGACCUGCAGGCAGCCCCUCCCUCCACCUACCUGAACCGCAGCCAGUCGGCCUGGUACAGCAGCUUCGGAAACCAGGCCGUGCUGGUCCGGGACAAGAAGGGCCUGGAGGACGCAGAAGGGCGGUCCAGGAUCUGCAGCGUCAUGUAGACUGGAACCAGAAACCUGAACAGACUGGUUUGAUUUUAAAACCGAGACUUAGCUUAGUUUGUGAUUCACACCGAACUCCAUGUAUUUUUGAGUCGAUUUAAACCUGAUUUUAAAGGCUGGUGCUGCUCCAUUUUAUCUAUUAAUGACCCUUAAAGAUGAAGCCACAUCUGCUUGUUUUAUAAGCAGUUUAACUCAAAGUGGAUUUUCCCUCAAAUUAACCUCAAAUGUUUUCUGAAACUGUUUUUAUUUUCCCAUAAAGCUUAUCUUGCUAUGGAGUGUUGGAAACGACUGGCAUUGUGGGAAUCAAUAUAGUUUGUGACGUAAACAGCAGUGUUACAGUUUGACUACAUAUUCUGGUUUUAACUGCAACAAAUGUUUUUAUUCUUGUGGAUAUGGUUUUACAUGCUGCAUACAAGACCCACUCGUACACAGGUUUUUUGUAUUUGUAAAUAUGGUUUUUCCUCCUUCAUUCUCAAAACAAAAUCCCAUCCACAUAAGCACUGUAUUAAAAAAAUCUUCAACCAAAUGAAAUCAAGAGCAUGUCAAACCAACAGGCAGCGAUAUAACCCUAAAGUCAUGUUGGUCGAUCAGACCAGGCUGAAAUGGUGCAUUGAUCGUUCCAUAGCGCAUCCGAACCAUGGAUGUAUUACAAAAACCUGGAUGCAACGUUGAUGACGGAGCCCCGUUCAUUCCUAUGAGAGUUGCUCGGUUUCUAAGCUACCGGGUUUACUUCUGUGAUAGUUUACCACUGACUAUGCGCAGUAGUGUUUGUCUCGCUUGCCCAGCCCGCGGCUUUACUUUGAGGUGACGUCACAGGUCUUUAAAUCGCUUUCCUCAGAGGUUUUUCAAACAUAAAAAGUCCAUGAAUUUAAAAUUCAGAAUAGAUAUAACCUACGUUUGCAGUUGGAAGUGUCCUGGCAGCAGUUUUACACACUUCUCUUUUACAGUGGUGGUCUAUGAUUAAAAUCCUUUCUGGGUCACAGAGGGAUUUUUUUCAGUGCAAUACCGCAAGUGGCCACUGGACAAAAUCAGCUGUAUGUUCGGGCCUGAUUGGGACGCCUCUGUUCCUCAAUAUAGCAAAAGAGUAACUGUGCAUUUAUGUAUAAACACAUUAAAAAGUGUGUUGUUAGCAGAUAGAACCAGCACCAUUUUGGACACAUCUGCCAUUGCACGAAAUCUUGCCUCAUUCUCUAAAGGAAAUAACAGCGCACACUGACGUUACAAGACAAAAACUGUUUUUCCUGUCCACACGUCAACACUGAAAACAGACUUUCUGAACAUCUUCACUCUGAAAGGAGUUUUACAAAAGAUCUGUUUUCAGUUAACUGUGCAGACGAAAGAUAAAAAUGCAGAGAAACGUGUUUUUAAAAUACCUACUUUUGAAGUAGGCCUUAGUCAUGACCAAGUCCCUGGUCAUGAUAAGUAAGUCCAGAGUGGAGUCCUGCGUUCACGUUACUUAAAAAAAAUAAAAUAAAACCACCUACAUCUGGGUUUUAUCUGCCAUGAAGAAAAGAAAGAUUACAAUCGACAUUCACUACUGCAGAGUCAUUCCCGGAACGAAUGACUCUGCAGUAGCCGCAGCAGCUCCAGCUCCAAUCAGCAGUGAUGGAAACAUGACAUCCGGGUGGACACAAUCAUUUUUGCCCCUUUUCCAGUGCAACCACCUUCGUUAACUUCUGUCAUCAUGGCCACAAAUGCCGUCCGCCUCCGCCCAAGCAGUGCUCGGACAUGGUUCCAAACUGGUCGACACAGAGUUUGAAAGAGACACAAAAAUAAAAAAGUAACCAUCCCAA